AUGGCUCGUUCGCCAGUUCUAUCGAUACUAUUACUACUGAUAGCGCCACUCCUCGUCGCUGCUCAAUUCGGUGGCGGUUUUUUCGAACAUCUAUUCCAAGGCGGUCAUGAUGGACAUCACCAGCAGAGACAUCAGGAUGUAGGGUCGGAUAGUUCAUGGUACCGGCAGACAUACGCUCAAGCUCACUGCAGCAAAUAUCUCUGCCCUGGGACCCUCUCCUGUGUCGAUCGAGCGACUCAUUGUCCCUGUGCCUUUCCGAAUAACGAAGUCAAGUUCGAACUGUCGGACGGUUCUGCGAUCUGUGUCAGCAAGACUGGGAAACCCAACAGUGUCACCAAGAAGAUUGAAUUGGCUCGGAAGGGAUUAUUGUAG